CAAGGGAAAGGUGUUUACGAUGGACCCAUCCAUAGAUGAGAGGCAGAGCACUUAUUCCUGAUUGGUGGAGACACCCAGGUCUGACGUCUCCAUUUGCUUUUGUCAGUAUCGGCUGCCUUUAACAUCCACCCAAAAUGUAGCUGGAGCCUGUAUUGUCCACCAGAGCUGCUGCUUCUGCUGCACAUGAAGCAUUUCUGUGUAUGUGGAGUGCUGCUGUGAGCGGCUGGUUGCCCUUGCAGGGGGAUGGGGCUGCAUGCUAAUGUGUUAGCUAGCUGUGCAGAAAAAGUGUUCGGCUUCUGGGAGAAUCAGAGGGCAUUGAUGGCCUUCGGAGGAGCUUGCCAAGUUUGGAUAGAGGGGAUGACAGUGCCGCGGUUGUGUUGUAUUUGCCGUCCUGUGGCCGCUCUCGUUAGCUGCCUCUGUGGCUCUUUUGUUCUCUUUUGUUUACGCGUCUGUCUUUUCUUUUGCUACUAUUCUCUCCCAUCCAAUCAACGCUGAAAGUGCUCAGGGUUUGGCUUGUUGCAUCCAUAGCCGACGCCUGCCGUCAUGGUGGCAGAGCGCUCAAAGACGCAUGCUCAGACAUGCAACAGCUUCCCUGCUCUUUGUCUCGUGGAGAUGUAAUUGUGCCGGAUGGAGCUGUUGCAUCCAGUCUGAUGCUGUGUGACACCCACUUCAGAAAUGAAGCACACAAUCACAAUUGUCUUUUCUUCUUUUUUUAGUUAUCUGUUCACCAUCCCUCUUUGCAUGCACGUGUUGAGAUGUCCUUGUAAGCUUGUUUGCGAUACGUUUGGCGAUUCCUCCUCUCACAGCGCUGAUUAGUGCAGCUUUAAAGGUACUCAGCCAGAGUUUUGCACCGCUAAGCAGCUUUUAGUUUGGUCGGUGCUCCAGGCCGGAGCAGCUUUAUGGGGCUACAGCGUGUCGCUGUCACGGCCUGGCAGAGCUCCCCGGUGGCUCCGCAGGAGUCUGAAGGCGAUCGCAGCUGGACGGCAUCGCCAGGAGAAAGAGAGGGAAGGAAAGUGAGGCCGUAUGCCCAGUUUUCUAACGGUCUUUUUAGUUAUCCUCAUCACAAUUUUUAUGUCACACCUGCUGUUUAAAACCCAGUGAGCAGAGUAUCUGCCAGGCCCGGGCCUCGGUCAUGGUCUACGAUGACACCAGCAAGAAGUGGGUGCCCAUCAAGCCUGGACAGCAGGGAUUCAGCCGCAUCAACAUCUACCACAACACUGCCAACAACACCUUCAGAGUGGUGGGCGUCAAACUGCAGGACCAGCAGGUGGUCAUCAACUACUCCAUAGUGAAGGGCCUCAAGUACAACCAGGCCACACCAACCUUCCACCAGUGGCGGGACGCCAGGCAGGUCUAUGGCCUCAACUUCGCCAGCAAGGAGGAGGCCACCACCUUCUCCAACGCCAUGCUCUUCGCCCUCAACGUCCUCAGCGCUCAGGAUGGAGUCUUCCAGAGCGUUCCCGGUUACAGCCUUGAAAUAAGCGGUCCAGCUGUCCAGCGCCAUGUCCAGAAUGGACCAACCUCAGAUGAGAUGGAAGUUCAGAGAGCGAGGCAGAUGAUGGAGCAGCAGCAGCAAAUGCAGGCGCACAUGGAGCGGGAGCUACGGUCGUCCAACUCAGGUUCUCCUUUCCAGGGCCACCCUGCGGUGCUCUCCGUGGCCCCCCCAGUAAUACCUCCUCCAAUGAACAUGGGUGGCCCUCCUCCCCCUCCACCACCGCCGGGACCUCCACCGCCGGGACCUCCACCACCUUCAGCCGGGGCACCCCCGCCUCCGCUCCCACCUCCGCUUCCCAUGGGUGGAGGGAGUGACGCAGACGAACCCCCCGCCCAGACGGGCCUCGCCGCGAUGAUCGCCGGAGCCAAACUGCGCCGCGUUCAAAGACCCCAAGACGAAAGCUCUUCAGGCGCCAAAAACGAUGCCAACCGCUCAAGUGGAGGAAGCGGAGGACUGAUGGAGGAGAUGAACGCUCUGUUGGCGCGAAGAAGGAAAGCAGCCUCAGAGAGGCCCGAGGAUAGCCAAAAUGACGACCCAAAUUCUCCGUCACCCAGUACCCGGAGUGGACAGAAUGCCACAGAUGGAGCAAAGAAGCCGUGGGACCGAGCUAACUCUGCAGACAGGUCAAUGGCUUCGAGGGUACGGCCCGCGGGGGGUGGCAGCGACGCAGACUCGUUAGACCUUGAUAGAAUGAAACAGGAAAUCUUGGAAGAGGUGUUUCGUGAAUUGCACAAAGUGAAGGAUGAAAUCAUUGAUGCCAUUAGACAUGAACUCAGUCGAAUUAGCACGACAUAAUCUUUCACAGCCACUCCCCCGACAUGAACCACCUUUUUGAACCAUUGCCCCUGCAGCCGCCGCUGUGGCCCUGAGGAGGAGGAGGAGGAGAGAAGUCAGGAAUGGAGGCCCAAACUGUGACAUCUACUCACCCUGUUCAGCUGUGGUGUUGAAGCAACGCGGCAACGUUGCUGUGACACCUGAGACAUGUCUGUGUAACAUUUGGUUUGUUUGUUUGAAUGGGGCUCACUCUCGCACUGAUUCCUCUGAUUUCCUCACAUUUUCUGUUUCUGUUUGUUCGCCCGUUUUGCCCCUCUGUCCUCUGCCUGAAGAAAAAUGGAUAAAAUUCAUAUGGUUUUAUUUUUUUUGGUUAAAGCUUUUUAUUAUUAUUACUAUUACUAUUAUUACUACUAUCAUUUUCAUUAUUAUUACUAUCAUUGUUAUGAUUGUCACUGUAAUGUUGAAAUGAGUAGUAGUGUAGUGAGUACAAUGGUAAUAAUGAGGAAAUGAUCAUGAGAAUAUGGUAGUAACUAUAAUGUCAAUAAUUAUAACUGCACAUCAUUUUAUGUUAGCCUUUUUUAUUUUAUAUUGUUUGUUUUCAUUUAUUUUUGUUUUAGAUACAGCUGCAAGCACAUCCCCAAAAACGAUGUCUCAUCAUUUAACCUGGAACAUUUUUUUAAAGGUUUUUUAUCCCUUUCGCCAACACGGCUAUGUGUGGAACCACGGCAGAAAAAUACAGGCUGUGACCUGAAACCGAGGGUGGAAUAAACUUCUUUGGAUAUUGCAAUCUUAUAAACAAAAAAAAAAAAUAAAUAAUACACCAGAGUAUUUGUGAUCAUGUUGUUAAUAAAAUGUUUAUUGGCUGCAAGGAUAUGGUGAAGUAUUUUUCAUUUUAUUCUCUCCUUUUAAUACAAAGUGCUUCCUGGUUGACAACAAAAAAAAGAAACGCACUAACUUUAAAAAUGAAUUCAAAUAAAACUGUGAACGUCUUGGA